AUUGAGCAUGGUAUUGUCAACAACUGGGAUGACAUGGAAAAAAUCUGGCAUCAUACUUUCUACAAUGAGCUCCGUGUUGCUCCCGAGGAGCAUCCCAUUCUACUCACUGAGGCACCUCUUAACCCUAAGGCUAAUCGUGAGAAGAUGACUCAGAUCAUGUUUGAAACCUUUAAUGCUCCUGCUAUGUAUGUCGCCAUUCAAGCUGUCUUGUCUCUCUAUGCUAGUGGCCGUACUACUGGUAUUGUGCUCGACUCUGGAGAUGGUGUGAGUCACACGGUCCCUAUCUAUGAGGGUUACGCUCUGCCACAUGCCAUCCUACGUCUUGAUCUUGCAGGUCGUGACCUCACAGAUGCUCUGAUGAAGAUCCUCACUGAGCGUGGUUACUCUUUCACCACAACAGCUGAGCGUGAAAUCGUCAGAGACAUCAAGGAGAAGCUUUGCUACAUUGCUCUUGACUAUGAGCAGGAGCUUGAGACGGCUAAAACCAGCUCUGCUGUAGAGAAGAACUAUGAGCUACCUGAUGGGCAAGUGAUCACCAUUGGAUCUGAGCGGUUCCGUUGCCCAGAGGUUCUUUACCAGCCGUCUAUGAUUGGUAUGGAGAAUGCUGGUAUCCAUGAAACCACCUACAACUCCAUAAUGAAAUGUGAUGUUGACAUCAGAAAGGACUUGUACGGGAACAUUGUGCUCAGUGGUGGAACAACUAUGUUCCCUGGAAUUGCUGACAGAAUGAGCAAAGAGAUCACUGCUUUGGCACCGAGCAGCAUGAAGAUCAAAGUUGUUGCACCGCCUGAGAGGAAAUACUCGGUCUGGAUCGGAGGAUCCAUCUUGGCUUCCCUCAGUACCUUCCAGCAGAUGUGGAUUGCAAAAGCAGAAUAUGAUGAGUCAGGCCCGUCGAUUGUUCACCGGAAAUGCUUUUGAGUUUGAAGUUAAAGUCUGUUUCCGGAGAAGCUUUUCCAAUUUAUCCUUACUGGGGGUUUUAUCUUCGUUCUCUGUUUUUGUUCUUCAGUAUUUUUUCAGAUUCUGGCCUAAGACAUGUUGAAGAACUUACAUUUUCUGUUUGUAGUUGUGGUUAAAAAUGUUGUCUUGGUCCUUUUUUUAUUUUUGUUGGAUAACACGACUGUGUUUGAGUGAAUAAGAACACCUAAUUUAAUUUUCCAAAGUUUAGUGGGACUA